AUGCCCCACACCUCCUCCCCUAACACCGUCUUCUCGGGCAUUGGUGGCACGGUGAUCGGCAGUGCUCGCUGUAAGGUCUUCACCACGCGGGACGGUCGCCUGGCAGCAGCCUUUAACCUGGUGAAGAGAGGCAUCGCCAAUCUGUGUGUGUGUGGAGGAGACGGCAGCCUCACCGGAGCUAACAUCUUCAGGACCGAGUGGACUGGACUGCUGGCUGAACUGGUUCAGAAAGGCCGGAUCACUGACACCCUAGCGAAGCAGCAUGAUCACCUGAACAUCGUAGGGUUGGUUGGAUCUAUAGACAACGACUUCUGUGGGACAGACAUGACCAUUGGCGCUGACUCCGCCCUGCAUCGCAUCAUGGAGAUAGUGGACGCCAUCACUACCACCGCACAGAG